CGUCACAGUCAAAAUCGCACAGUCACUCGACGCAAAGUCUCGCGGAGUCGGUGUCAUCGAGUUGCUGAUCGUUGUUGAUCAUCUAUUGCGACGUGAGUCUCACUCGACGUCUCCCUCCCCCCCAUCUCCUGUCUCUCCUGCCUGCCUGCCUGCUCCCCCCACGUCUCCCGAAUCGUCGCGGCCACGAUGCGUCAGCACUCUCAGUUCGAGAGCCACAACUUCUACCACGAGAUGGACGUGAGUCUCUCUGCGCAGGAUCUCAAAUCCGCCAAUCUCGCCGCCUCCUCUUCAUCCUCCUCGUCUGCAGCAGCAGCAGCUGGGGCUCCAUCGGCACUUCAUCAUCAUCAACAGCAGCAGCAUCAUCAUCAGCAGCAGCAGCAGGUUACUGCCACUACGCUGAUGCUUUUGAAUGACAGUGCAAACUUGUCUUCGCUGGAGUCUUUGGGUCAGUUUCACCAUCACCAGCAGCAUCAUCAGCAGCUGGGUGACGCGUACGAGAAUUCCAUCGACCUGAGCUCCUUCAUCUCGCCCGAGGUGGGAUCCGCAGCUCCGCAUCAGCAUCAGCAGCAUCAGCAGGUGGUGGGAGGCACCUUCUCCGAGUUCUACGCCGACGAGUUUCUCGGCGACCUCUUCAAGAACGACGCCAAGUGCCACGGGGAGGCCGACGAGGCACCGCAGCAGCAGCAGCAGCAGGAGGAGGAGGUGGAAGAGGAGGAAGAGGCAAUGGUCGAUCGUAAGAUGCAGCUGCACGAGAUGCAGCAGCAGCAGCAGAGCCAUCAACAGCUGCUCCUACACCAACAGCAGCAGCAGCAGCAUCAUCAGCAGCAGCUGUGUGACGAUUCCGACGGAUUUUUCUUCCAUCACCAGAAGAGCCACAACCACCAGCAGCACCACCAGCAGCACCAGCAGCACGCUGCUAGUGGCGGAUCGCUGCAAUCGCUGCUGGGCUGUGACCCGCAGCUCGCCGAAACUCGCCUCGAGAUGAUCUUCGGAGGCAACCACGGACUCCCGAUGUCCACCUCGACCACCGCUGGUGGCGCGACAGCUGCGAGUGGCGGCGUCGCGGGCGUGAGGAUGGCGGUGGUGAAGAUGGAGCCGAGCGAGGAUGAGUCCGAGACGUCCUGUAGCGGUGGGACGCCGUCACCGGGCAAAGGUGGCAGCGGCGGUAGCGGCAGGAGAGGCGUCGGCGGUGGUGGCUCGGGCAAGCGGUGUCUUGACAAGGCGAGCGACGAGUAUCGAUUGAGGAGGCAGCGAAACAACCUGGCGGUACGUAAGAGUCGCGACAAGGCGAAGGUUCGAUCCCAGGAGACGCAGAGUCGGGUGCUGCAGCUGUCAGCGGACAACGAGAGGCUGCGGAGACGGGAGGAUCAACUCGUGCGCGAGAUCACGGCGCUCCGAGCACUGUUCUCUGACCUGCAGAGUCAGCAGCAUUGACGUGGUGGUGGUGGUGGUGAUGGUGGUGGUGAUGACCAACGUUGUGGAGGGUUGUCUAAGCGCGUCCGUGUGUGUCGGGCCCGGGUUGAGGACUUUGUUAGAACGUGGUGGUGGUGGUGGUGGGGUGGGUUGAUGUGGGACUCGAUGCGAAAGCGACAAGAUCUGACCCCCCGAGUCUUGGAUGUCUCCCCGCUUGGCGAGAGAGAGAUGACUUCUCAGCAGCAGAAAGUGCCAUGAAGAUCCGCGGGCUGAGAUGUCUCCCUCUGAGCGAGAUGACUUCUCAACAACAGAACGCACCAAGAAGAUCUGCGGACUGAGAUGUCUCCCUCUGAGCGAGAUGACUUCUCAACAACAGAACGCACCAAGAAGAUCUGCGGACUGAGAUGUCUCCCUCUGAGCGAGAUGACUUCUCAACAACAGAACGCACCAAGAAGAUCUGCGGGCUGAGAUGUCUCUGAGCGAGAUGACUUCUCAACAACAGAACGCACCAAGAAGAUCUGCGGGCUGAGAUGUCUCUGAGCGAGAUGACUUCUCAACAACAGAACGCACCAAGAAGAUCUGCGGGCUGAGAUGUCUCUGAGCGAGAUGACUUCUCAACAACAGAACGCACCAAGAAGAUCUGCGGGCUGAGAUGUAUCUGAGCGAGAUGACUUCUCAACAACAGAACGCACCAAGAAGAUCUGCGGGCUGAGAUGUCUCUGAGCGAGAUGACUUCUCAACAACAGAACGCACCAAGAAGAUCUGCGGGCUGAGAUGUCUCUGAGCGAGAUGAC